ACUAUCGCACCACACCGGUCGACAACAAGUUACAAGCGCCUGCGAGACUGCUCAACCAGAGGGAAUACAGAACCCAGUUGCCAUCCAGUGGACGAAUCCAAAGAAUGAAAAGCAACGACGACGAUUUACUCCAACUGCAAAAGCGACAGGAAAUACAGCGUCAAAACUAUGCACAGAACAGAAGAGAGUUAGGCGGCUUGUCAACAGGGCAACCUGUCGCCGUCUACAAUCCAUCGUCAAAGACUUGGACCACGGCUGAGGUCAAAGAGAAAUUAGAUGAACCGCGGUCAUACACUGUGAAGACCUCGAAUGGGUCAGAGUUAAGACGGAAUCGUAUCCACAUAAAGMCCAUACCAACCAUACCAGAGAAACAGCCAGCGCAGGAGUACAUCCAGCCACAACCUCCUGUUUCUCAAACAACUGUUGACACUACAGACAGGUCUACUACUAUUAAAGAAGCAGGGACCACAGUUACAGCGACUAGGAGCGGGCGGAUUGUCAAGCCUCCUACCAAGCUGAGCUUGUUUGUUGGCUCACAACCUUUGAACUGUUGAACUUGUUAUUGAACUUAGUAGUCAAAAGUUUACUACUAACUCAUGUUUACAUURCUUUAUUGUUUUAGUAUGUCAUACUUGUAAAAAGGGGAGAUGUAAUACUAUAGGCUCCCUGUGUACAUGAUUAAGCAUGCGCAUUAAAGUAGGCUUAGAGCACACG